AUGCCUUAUUCCAUGGCCCUGGGAUCUAUGUACAGCACCAAACACUUGACUUAUCCAUGGAACCCUCAGGCUCGAGGAGGCCUUUCAUCCGAUCACGACAACAUGCAGGUCCCCCAAACUUCAUUCCAGUCACCAGCCAGCAGGCGCCUGUUUAGGUCGAUGGGUCAGGUCAAACUGGCUGGGUGGUGGAGUGGUUAA